GUAGCACCAAAAAACAUCGAUAGUUCUCCACCUCUACGCCACAUGGUAUCUGCCGCCACACUAACGUAUUAACCGUUCAACUUGCUCCCACGGCCCACUGCUGGACUGCUAAAGGUUACGUCUCACUGCAAUUGCGUUGUUCCAUCGACAAUUGGACAGCCCUCAUCCGCAUCUAGAGUGCCAACCAGCUGCCACAAAAAGCGCCGCCGCAUCGGGAAUCCGUUGAACCUGUGUGUGUGUGUGUGGUGUGCGUCUGUGGAACAGAGCGCCAUUAAAAAAAACCCGCGGCAUUGAUUGUUGUUUGUGUUAUAUUUUUUUGUUCCUAUUGGCUCUUUUUCCUAUUUUGUUUAUUGUUAUCGCCGUCUUUGUCUGGCCCAAAUUAAACGGACGCCACUGCCGCAGAGAUGGAUAAAAGCAGUAACAACAAGCCCAAACUCAAUGGCUUUGUGGAUGGAGAAUCAUCCGCUGAGGAUCAGCUGCAGGACGGCCUCAGCUGCAGGGAGUUGUUCCAGAACGGGGAUGGACUCACCUACAACGACUUUCUCAUAUUGCCCGGCUAUAUAGACUUCACUGCCGAGGAUGUUGAUCUUGGGUCGCCGCUGACCAAGAAACUUACAUUGAGGGCACCGCUGGUUAGCUCGCCCAUGGACACCGUAACCGAAUCGGAGAUGGCCAUAGCCAUGGCGCUGUGUGGUGGCAUCGGCAUCAUCCAUCACAACUGCACGCCGGAGUACCAAGCGUUGGAGGUGCACAAGGUUAAAAAGUACAAACAUGGCUUCAUGCGCGACCCGUCCGUGAUGUCGCCCACCAACACCGUCGGCGAUGUGCUCGAGGCCCGCCGAAAGAACGGCUUCACCGGCUAUCCGGUCACCGAGAAUGGCAAACUGGGCGGCAAGCUCCUCGGCAUGGUCACCUCCAGGGACAUCGAUUUCCGUGAGAAUCAGCCGGAGAUAGUGCUCGCCGACAUAAUGACCACCGAACUGGUCACCGCGCCCAAUGGCAUCACCCUGCCCACGGCGAAUGCCAUUCUGGAGAAGAGCAAGAAGGGCAAACUGCCGAUUAUCAAUCAGGCUGGCGAACUGGUGGCCAUGAUUGCGCGCACGGAUCUGAAGAAGGCCCGCUCCUAUCCGAACGCCUCGAAGGACUCCAACAAGCAGCUGCUGGUGGGCGCCGCCAUUGGGACGCGCGGCGAGGACAAGGCCCGGCUCCAGCUGCUGGUGGCCAAUGGUGUGGAUGUGAUCAUUCUGGACUCGUCGCAGGGCAACUCCAUCUAUCAGGUGGAGAUGAUCAAGUUCAUCAAGGAGACCUAUCCCGAUCUGCAGGUCAUCGGUGGCAAUGUUGUAACACGCGCCCAGGCCAAGAACCUCAUUGAGGCGGGCGUGGACGGACUACGCGUGGGCAUGGGCUCUGGCUCCAUCUGCAUCACCCAGGAGGUGAUGGCCUGCGGCUGUCCCCAGGCCACGGCCGUCUACCAGGUCUCCACCUAUGCGAAGGAGUUUGGGGUGCCCGUGAUUGCCGAUGGCGGCAUCCAAUCGAUCGGACACAUUGUCAAGGCCUUAGCUUUGGGCGCCAGCGCCGUGAUGAUGGGCUCCCUACUGGCCGGCACCUCGGAGGCGCCCGGUGAGUACUUCUUCUCGGAUGGCGUGCGCUUGAAGAAAUACCGCGGCAUGGGCUCCCUGGAGGCGAUGGAGCGCGGCGAUGCCAAGGGUGCGGCCAUGUCCCGCUACUACCACAACGAGAUGGACAAGAUGAAGGUCGCCCAGGGCGUCAGCGGCAGCAUUGUGGACAAGGGCAGCGUACUGCGCUAUCUGCCCUAUCUGGAGUGCGGACUGCAGCACAGCUGCCAGGACAUUGGAGCCAAUUCCGUGAAGAGAUUGAAGGAGAUGAUCUACAAUGGCCAACUGCGAUUCAUGAAGCGCACCCAUUCCGCUCAGUUGGAGGGCAACGUUCACGGCCUUUUCAGCUAUGAGAAGCGUCUCUUCUAACAUAUGGCCAGUGCUGCAUCGGCCACGGGCAGCGGAUUGGCUGCCUCUGCAUCACAGCAGCAGCAGCAACAGCAGCAACAGCAACAGCAGCAGCAACAGCACCAGAAUCGAUCUGGGGCAGCCAAUCCGAACCCCUUUGCCCGGCUAUACGAUCGCAAGUGAUUUCGAAAGGGUUGAGAGUUUCCGCGCAUGUUCCGCGCAUGAGGCAUCCUCGAAUCAAUGGUCCCAACCAUACAUACAUGUGUAUACCUACCUUAUCCAUCUGCCCGCGCUGGCAGAAACCUAAUCUUAAGUGUUUACAGACCACGAUCUGUAUAGAAAUAUGUACUCUAAUCUAUAUAUCUACAAUAUCUCGUAUCUAUGGGCAUUGAGCGCCCACCCCGUUUGUUAGUUGCAUACACGCACUGUUUAUCGCACGAUCGGUACGAUUAUAUGGACAUAUAUACAUACUUGUAUUCUAUACCUACAUCGGACCUUAUAUUCCGGUUGUGUUGUUUUGUAGUAUAUUGUAUUGUAGCAAACAUACAUACACACAUACACACAUAUAUGCUCGCUAUAUGCAGCUCCUCUCACUGAGAACCUUUCAAAUUCCUUAUGCCAAAACUUAUUAAAUGUGAACUGAAACUGAAGCUGAAGCAGGAUUCCCUUCCCCCCGUAUGUUUGUACUUACCUGCAAAAGUUUUUAAUAUAAUGGAACUUCUUAGCUGUUUCUGAAUCUUUGAAUCUAUUAAAUGUCAUAUGAAAUA